CUGCCCGUCUCGCUGUCAUAAAACCAGCGCACACACCGAGUGAAACGCACAGCUACAGUUGAGGAAUUGCUACUACUGCUACUACUACGAUGGGGGUGAAAAUUAAAGUCGAAUACUGUGGUAGAUGAGGGUACGAACCCCGCUAUCAAGAGCUCGCCACUGUUGUCAAGGAAGAGUUCAAAGAUGCGGAGGUGUCGGGCUUCGUGGGAAGACAAGGAAGCUUUGAGGUUGAAAUCAACGGGAAGCUGAUCUUCUCCAAGAUGGAACAAGGAGGGUUUCCAUACGAGGAUGACAUAAUGAAUGCAGUUCAGAUGGCUCAUGAUGGUAAACCUGUGGAGAAGAUCACCAAAAGUCGAUCCCCGUGCAUCAUCAUGUAAACCUCCCUCAAGUUUGCAGCAUCAAGACAGGCCAGUGCAACAUCAUACCGCCAGUACCACCUCAGGUUUACACCCUAACCAUAAUAUAAAUGGCCGGAGAUAAAAAAAAAUGCUGUAUACAAACCCAACAGAUAUGUGCUUCCUCCACUAGCUGCUGUCUUAAAUGCUGACCACCAAACGUCUUGCUCCCCCUCUUUGCUCUCAUUGUGGUGCUUCAGGCUGCUAAUGAUUACUAUGACCCAAAGAAUUUAAAGGUUACAGUAUGAUGAAUUCAUUCCUAGAAGUUCCUUAUAAUAAGAGCUGAGACGGGGAGACGAUGGUUAUUUGAAAUCACUUCACUUUUCUUACUGCCUCAUUGUCUGGCAUUCUCUUACUGCCUCAUUGUUGUUGUUUUAGGGUUACUGAUCUCCCUUGUAAUUACACAUUUUCAUUGAAUGCAAGUAAAACUGUUAAUAUCUGCAAUCUGUUCUAAGAUUUUAUCAUUGUUUUUAAUACUCAUUACUGUAAAAGUUGUGGAUAAUGAAGCAAUGUUAUAUAAUUGUGGGUAACUAAAUGCAAAAUUAUGCUUACAAUGCUUAUGACUUCAUACUUGUGAAACUGGUCUAAACAGUCUAAACUUCUGAUGUUCUUUUGUUUGUUUUUUACAAUAAACUCCUCAGUUCAAACUGGUCAGGUACUAGAGCAAUCAUCUGAAGUGCGUCUGAAGACCACCAACCACUGGUCUGUCAGCUCUCACUAUUGUUUGUCAGCUCUUUUUGUCUUAAGUCAUUUAACAUGGUUAAAUCAGAUGUCAAGACUGUAGGGUUUAAAUAAAGGUAAGAUUUCUUCAA